AACUGCCAACUGCCUCUUGGUUUACAAGUCAAAAAGACUAGAGUUACAAAUCAAAUUCUAUAAAUUUUAAUAUUAGAUACUUAUAUAAAAUAAAUACAAGUUAAAAAGUCUUAGUUUCUGUAAUCGAAACAUUGUGAAAUGCCAUCAUUAGUUUAAUGUUUCGUCACGGAAAAUCGUCGAGUUUAUAAAAGCUAAGAUAAAAGCGAUGUUUUGAGAUUGCAUGAAUUCUGAUAAUCGUUGCCAUGGAAAGUUUGAAUGAUUAUGCCGACACUUCUGAUUACAAUGAAUUGUUUCUCGCAGUCCACAAUGGAGACUUAAACCUAGUACAUUCUUUGCUCGAGAAAUAUUCUUCGACGAAAACGAUACGUGGCAGAACAUUGCUGCAUGUAGCGACUGCAAGAGGACAUACGGAAAUAGCAAAAUUGUUUACCACCAAGCGAGACGGAGAUGGCAAUACACCGCUGCAUUUGGCGAUAAAGGAAAACCAGCCUGAGUUAUUUAGCCUUCAUUUAGAAGAUAGUAAUCUAAGCGCAAAAAAUCUCAAGGAUGAAGGGCCACUUCACUAUGCAGCUUUGUAUAAUCGCUCUGAAUUUGCAAAAAAACUUAUAGAUAAUGGCGCCAAUAUUGAGGAAAAAGAUAGAGAGGGUAAAACACCUCUUUAUGCUGCAUUGUCAAAAGGAAACGUUCAGGUAGCAGUGGUUCUUUUUAAAAAUGGUGCUAUUUUGAGUGACAACGAUUUAGAAAAUAUUAAACUCCUACCUCACGCAGUGUCCAAUGGGAAUUUGGAAAUGGUAAAGUUGCUCAUGCUGAACGGCUGUAAUGAAGUCGACUUAUCAACUAAAUAUGGUUCUUCUCUUGAACAUGCAGUAUCAUCUGGUCGUUUGGACAUUCUUGAAUAUCUCAUGAAGAAUGGAGUAAUAAAAAACAUCGCAACAGUUAAUGAAGAUAGAUUAGGCUUAUUUAGAUCACUUAUUUUCGACGGCAGUUUGGAUACUUUAAAAUUUUUAGUAGACAUUGGUAUUAAAGUAAAAAAUAAUUUAGAUGACGUAUUUAAUAGUACUUUUAAUUUGUGUCGUCAUGACAUGUGGAAAUAUUUAGUAACAAGGUUGUCGAAAAUUAGUGCAGAAACGUAUUUUAAGGAGAAGCAGCUUCAUUUUUCUAUUCGAAUGGGCCAAGUGGAAACUGUUAAAGCAAUUGUAAAUGAACUAUCAAAUGAAUGUGAAUCAGAAACCUUGGCUAGAAAAUUAGCCGUUUAUAUUGCUGUUGAAAGUGGCAGUGAAGAAAUAUUAAAAAUUCUUUUAAACGCUGGUUAUCCUGUUGACAGUCUGUUUAAGUUUAUAAGCCCUUUGCACGUUGCUGUUACUUUUGAGCAGCCGAGAUUAGUGAAACUGCUUUUGAAAGCUGGAGCUGAUGUUAAUUUACAAACUGAAGAUUGUGGUCGUACACCGUUACAUUUCGCAGCAACUGCAGCGCAGCCAGCUAUAGUUAAGCUUCUUCUAAAAAAUGGUGCUGAUCCUUUUAUAACUUCUAAAUUCAGUGAAUCUCCGUUGAAAGCAGCUAUAGACAUUCAUUCAGGUCUAUUUCAUUCCAUACCUGUUACUCCUUUAGUGUUUGUGGGAUUGGUGAAAGUGACAGAGAUGUUAAUUCAGUAUUCGAAUAGUAAAACUAAUGAGGAUUUAUUGGAAUAUGCAGUUGAAAUAAGAGUUUCAAGUAUCAAUGAUUCAAAGCCAAAGUCAAAGAGACAAAUAUCGUCUGCAGGUGAUUCUGUAUUUCGUCCUGAAAUCGUCAGAUGCAUAUGUAAUUAUCUAAGUGAAGAGGAAGUUAAAUUUUAUUUUGAGACAGUUGUACCUAAAGAUACAUCUUUUCAUCCACCAGAAUUGUUACAACUUUUGAUGGAAUACGAUUCGAAAUCAUGUUUUGAUAUUGAAAUAAACCCUUGGAAUAAAAAUAACAAGUGCCAAUUGCUCUUAAUUGGUUACUCGAAGAACGUUGAUAAUCUUUUAGAUACAAUUAUGGAAGUUAUUGAUUCUUACGAUGAAGAUAACGACAAUGACGUAGAGAAGAAGAUUAAAAUAGAUUUAUUAAAAUUAUUAAUAUGUCGUUUAGUAUUGUUGAACACAGACUGUCAUCUAUAUCGGUUUGCAGUAUGUGAAUUAAUUCUUCUUAUUGUUGAUUGGGAAGAUAAUUGUAUACAGGAAAAAAUUGUCAUGCAAAAGACGAAUGUUAAUGAAAAUUUAAAUUUUACUUUCUAUGAUGUAUUAACGAAAUCAAUUGAUAAAGUUACAAUGUACGCAAAUAACGAAGAUUUUCUCCAUGCAAUGAAAACUUCAGAAAUAAAAUUUUCUGCAUAUGCUGAUUUUUUGAAGACAAAUGUCGAAAUAGCAGAAAGAAGAAGAAAUUUCAUCAAUAAAAGCACGACAUUAAUGUAUCGUCUGGUUGAAAAAUUUUACAAUAUCCGAAUUUCUAAUUUUGAUAUUUGUCAUAUUUUCCAGUAUCUCUCUAUUGUAGAUUUGAGAAGAUUUUCAGCUGCUUGUUAUUCAUCUUCUUUCGACAAUAAAGAAAUAGUAAUUUAAGGAUUUUAUUUCCAUGAAUGUGUUGAAAAAUAGUUUAAACUUUAAUAAUAAUUCAUCAUUAUUAUUAAAUAACACCGAGUGAUAAAUUCGAAUUAAUAUUUAAUAAUAAUUAUUAACAUUAACAUUUGAAGAGUUUAAAUUUAUAUUAACUAUAAGCUUUGAGCAUUAAGUCAGUGUUUUGUACGUCGGCAUAUUAACAAAUUAAACGUUUAUUAAAUGUUUUUAAAUAUACUUUAAGUGAUGUGACAAUACGCUUUUAUUCAGUCAUGUAAAGUUAGCACUACUUUUUCAAAAAAUAAAAAAAAAUCACAUGA